UCUCAAGGCCCCCACAGACAAUACUCUGGGUAUUAUUAACGGAAAUGGCUAAGAAUAGAGAGGAGGGGAGCGAGGUGGCUCCUCUGGUGCUCGCGUUGUUUGGGUUAAACACGCCAAAACGGAAUGUCUUCUUAGAAGAAGGCCUUCUUUAGCGUGCAUGUUGGGUGUGGUGCAGUCACACGAGGCGAGAGGUUGAUCUGAAGGGCUGGAUCAGGCUUUCAUGGACAGCGGAGACAAAGGACGGUAGCUACGGAGAGUUCUACUCUUCUUUAUAAAUGGCUUUGUUGGGCUUCACAGUUUGGAUUUAUGAGCCAUGAUCCCCAUCACUGAGCUGCGGUACUUUGUGGACACACAGCCAGCAUACCGCAUCCUGAAACCAUGGUGGGAUGUGUUCACCGACUACAUCUCCAUUGUUAUGCUCAUGAUUUCGGUGUUUGGCGGCACACUUCAGAUCACCCAGGACAAGAUGAUCUGCCUUCCCUGCAAAUGGAUCGUCAAUGAAACCUGUAAAAAGAACUUCAGCUCCACCAUGUCCACAUCCUUCCUAUUGGAACCGAAAGGGAUCCAGUACAAUCUGGACCGCCAUCAGUACAAUUACGUUGAUGCAGUGUGCUAUGAAAAUAAGUUGCACUGGUUUGCCAAGUACUUUCCCUAUUUGGUAUUACUCCACACUCUUAUUUUUCUAGCCUGUAGCAACUUUUGGUUUAAAUUUCCUCGGACUAGCUCCAAACUAGAACACUUUGUAUCCAUCUUGCUUAAAUGUUUUGACUCUCCAUGGACAACAAGGGCACUGUCGGAGACGGUGGUCGAAGAAAGCGAUCCCAAACCAAUGAAGAUGAAUGGAUCGUUUGACCACAAGGCGUCUGUGAUAAGUGAGGAUGUUGAAGCAAGCGUUCCAAUGAUUCAGAAAACAAAGACGCGUUUUGAGCAAGGCAUCGUUGAUAGGACUGAAACGGGAGUUUUGGACAAGAAAGAAGGAGAACAGGCAAAAGCCCUGUUUGAAAAAGUAAAGAAGUUCCGUAUCCACGUGGAAGAAGGAGACAUCGUGUACAGAUUAUACAUCCGUCAGACUAUCAUCAAAGUAAUCAAGUUCAUUUUAAUAAUCUGCUACACGGGGUAUUAUGUUCAAGACAUUCAGUUUAAUGUGGACUGCUCUGUGAAUAUAGAAAACCUGACUGGUUACAGAGUGUACCACUGUGCUCAUCCACUGGCGACACUUUUUAAAAUCUUGGCGUGUUUCUACAUUUGCUUAGUGGUCGUGUAUGGACUUAUCUGCAUGUACACACUCUGCUGGAUGCUGCGGCGCUCUCUGAAGAAGUACUCCUUCGAAUCUAUCAGGGAAGAGAGCAGUUACAGCGAUAUACCCGACGUGAAGAAUGACUUUGCAUUUAUGUUGCACAUGAUAGACCAGUAUGAUCCUCUGUACUCUAAACGUUUCGCUGUGUUCCUCUCAGAAGUCAGUGAAAAUAAGCUGAGACAGCUCAACCUGAACAAUGAGUGGACGCUUGACAAGCUCAGGCAGAGGAUAACCAAGAACUCUCAGGAGAAGUUGGAGUUGCACCUGUUCAUGCUGAGCGGCAUUCCAGAUACGGUGUUCGAUCUGAUGGAGUUGGAGGUUCUCAAACUGGAGCUUAUCCCAGAUGUUACCAUCCCACCAAUCAUUGCGCAGCUCGUCAACCUCAGAGAGAUGUGGCUCUAUCACACUCCAGCCAAAAUCGAAGCUCCCGCCUUGGCUUUUUUGCGAGAGAACCUCAAGUCUCUUCACAUCAAGUUCACCGACAUUAAAGAAAUUCCUUUAUGGAUUUACAGUUUAAAGAACCUCAGUGAGCUUCAUCUCACAGGGAACCUGAGUGCUGAGAACAACCGUUACAUUGUCAUCGAUGGGCUCCGCGAGCUCAAGAGGCUCAAAGUUCUCCGCCUGAAGAGCAACCUCACCAAGCUACCUCAAGUUGUGACCGACGUGGGUUUACACCUCCAGAAGCUCUCUAUCAACAAUGAAGGCACCAAGCUGAUGGUGCUGAACAGCCUGAAGAAGAUGGUGAACCUCACCGAGCUGGAGCUCAUUCGCUGUGACCUGGAGCGCAUCCCACACUCCAUCUUCAGUUUGCACAACCUACAGGAGAUUGAUCUGAAGGACAACAACCUAAAGACCAUCGAGGAGAUAAUCAGCUUCCAGCACCUUCAUCGGCUGGUGUGCUUAAAGCUCUGGUACAACCAGAUUGCCUACAUUCCCAUUCAGAUUGGCACUCUGACCAACCUGGAAAAGCUGCAUCUGAACAGAAACAAGAUUGAGAAGAUUCCCAGCCAGCUGUUUUAUUGCCGGAAGCUACGAGUCUUGGACUUGAGCCACAACAACUUGACAUACAUUCCAACAGACAUUGGUUACCUUCAGAAUCUACAGUACAUGGCAGUGACAGCCAACCGGAUCGAAACAUUGCCGAAUGAGCUGUUCCACUGCAAAAAGCUUCGCACCUUGAACCUGGGGAACAACUGCCUCCAGUCCCUCCCAUCGCGCUUCGGAGAGCUGACCGCAUUGACUCAGCUGGAGCUCAGAGGAAACCGUCUGGAGUGUUUGCCUGUGGAGCUGGGAGAGUGCAGACUGCUGAAGAGAAGCGGUCUUGUGGUCGAAGAGGACCUCUUCAACACGCUGCCCACCGAGGCUAAGGAGCAAUUGUGGAAAGCUGACAAAGAACAAGCAUGAACUCGUUUGUGAGGAAACCAAACGAUGCCGCGUGCUUUGGUCAGGAUACAGAGUGGAAGCCCAUGGUGUCCCUGAGGCACAAAGAAACAGGAUGUGCUCCCGCUUCAGUGUUCUGCCAGUAAAGUUAGGUAUUAAACCAGUGCCAGUUUAGCAGAGCAAAUGCUGACUCUGGCAUCUGCUGCUUGUUUUUUUAUUUCUCUUUUGUAAAACCUCCGAGGCCAGUGCCAUUAUGAUCUCGAUCUUUUGUUUACAGUAUUAUUUUGUGGUAUUAAUGGUUUAGAGGAAAAAACUGUAAAAAGAAAACUACUGGCCAACUGAACAUAUGUGGGCUGCUCUGAAUUCCAAAAUAGUUCCCUAUUUAUACUUUUCUUUUGAAAAUAUCAUGUUUACUCUUGGGGGUUUAUAUGAACAACCAAAGCUAAAUUGCCAACCUUACAAAGUAAACACUUUUCUACAAGGUGUAGCAGCGUAUCCCUUGUACAACACUAAUGUUAGCCUAAUUACGACAUGGAUCAACGUGUUCCUGCUCUGCAUUGUGGGCCCUGGUUCUCAGAUACCUGUGCUGACUUGGUUGGUAAAGUCUUGAAAAUAUGAUAUGAAACACAUUAGAGGUAACUGAAAGUGCUGUAGUCAGAGAUAUAAAGUUGUCUUUAGGGAAAUUUUGGUGGCAUUACUGCAGCAAAAUGACUGUGCAUGGUCAGACUUGGAUUGAGGUUUGAAAAUAAUUUGGAUUUUUGACCUCAUUCUGAAGCCAUUUGUGUUCUUAUCCUCAAGUUUAAGGAUAAAUCUUUCCACAAAAUGUUACUUAAAGAGGCAUCAUUAAGGAAUGUUUUGUACAACUAAGACUCAGGGCCUGUUGGGGGUUUUUUAGGUGGAGUGGAUCAAAUUCUGUUCGGUGUGCUGUGUUUGAAAUUAAAGAAGAAAAGAAAAAGACAAUUAAAAUGUAAGUAGAUUUUGAACAAAAGUUGUUUAAAAAUUUGUGACUUUUGAAGUCGGAUUUAGUGGAGAGAAUGAGAACAUUUAGUAUCUUACUUGCUGUAGCUGCUGAUAACAUUUUAGAGAAGAAGCUUGGAUUAUUUAAUCGGGGUGACUUGUGUCCAGUAGGAAGAGUAGUAGUCUUGUAAUCUAAAAGUUGUGGGUUUGAUUCCAGGAUGUGCGAUUUUUUAAAAGGCACUUAACCACAAACACUUUGAGUCGUAGGUAUAACUUGAAAAGCACUGCAUAAAUUCAAUCCAAUUAUAGUUAAGCUAACAUCCUUCAGGGCUGGGCCAAGAAAACAUUUUGGGAAGAUAAAUAUUUUUUAGCAGUGUAUAAUGAUAUUUUAACCUUUGCACAUUGUCACUUUUGUGAAAAACUUCCUUUACGUAAAAAGAAAAACAUUGCUUCAAAUUAAUUAAUAAAGAAAUUGUAGGAUUAUCUUUCUUAACAGUUAGGGUUUGUCUUUGUUGUGUGGUUUGGUGUUACAUAGGCAUCUACAGCAGGUCUGACUCUCGAAGAGUCAGCUCCUAGGACGGACUCUUGAAAGCUUUUCUGUAGCUUGAUACCGUCACACAGGCCCAGUCCUAAUUCAUACAGAUAGAAAUUUUGUUUUAUGUCUUUAUGUCAUCCUUGAGUCCAAAUAUUUAUCUUUAGUUGUCAGCACUCCAUAUCAUUUCUUAUGGAAGGGGAUAUGCCUGCCCUUUGUGUUGCUCUUCUGUGUAACUCAUGUCAUUUUUACUCAUUCAACUAUUACUACAUUUGGCACCAGUAGUUACCUUUGCAGCUAAGCUAGACAUUUCAUAAUAUUGCAUUCUUGCUUUGUUACAAUACCGCUCAUAACUUUAUUUUCAUAUAAGCUAACAAGUAAAGGUUUGGAAAUCUAACUUGAGUUUGUUGACGUAAAAUGUGCUAAAUUCAUUAUUUGUUCACUUUUUUUUCUGUCACAUGGAUCUCAUGUUUAUGUACCCAAUUAUGUUGUUUUAAUUUAAAGGGUUUUUUUCCUCAACUGUUUUAAGUGUUCAAAUUGAAGUAAAAAUUUUUUUUUUUUUUUUUUUUUAUGUUUGAAGGUCACUUUUCUAGGGUUUCUAAUAUUAAAACAAGAAAAAAACCUUUGUUGCUAUUUGGUGUUUCAUGAAGUGAAGCAGUCAGGGAAGACGGUGAAAAAACACUCAGACAAAUAGAAGUCUACAAUAUUUCAACUUUGCUGAGAAGUAUGAAACACAUUUUAAGCCAUGUGCAUCUAAUUCAGUAGCAUGUGUAGUUAUGAUAAAUUGUGCAAUAUUGCCUUCAUUUAAACUAAAUGUGGGUUUUACAGGUGUGAGGGCAUCAGCAUCCUUUUUGAUGCACUGUUUUUUUUUUUUUUUUGGGGCGGGUGGUUGUUUUUUUACAGGGAUUUAAAAUAUUGUAGGUGAAGUAGGUCAUUUAAAAUUAUGCUUUUCUGGAGAAUGCUUUUGUACUCUAGCACAUUUUCCCACAAUGUUACAUUUUGCAAAUGCAAUAAUGGCACAAAACUAACAUAUACGAGAUGUAUUGUGCAUGUUGUUUGUCUUGCUGUUGGGUGAUUGCAUACCAGGAAAACAAAGUGUGUAAAUUAGGAUUCAUUACCUUUAAAACUUACAAAACCUGUUGGACAUAGUCCUCUUAAUAAGACAAUCAACAUUUUUGACCAAGUGUAAAAUAAAAAGUGAAAUUGUUGUGAGUAAACAUUCCCCAUAGUUUGCUUGGAAAGUUGUGCAUAGACCAUGUUUGUCUCAUUCUCUUUUUUUAAACUUUUUGUAACUUUUCUUCUAUUAUGUCAGGUAUUAUAUUGAAAUAGUUUCUCAGGAAUCCAGCUAGAAAUCUUCUAUUGGUUGUCUAUUGUUUUUUUUUUGUUUUUUUUUUUGUUCACCUUUUGUAAUGCACAAUUUUUGUUUAGAUCUAAACUGCUAGGAACAUUUUGUGUGCUAUUUUCAUUAUUUUUUAAAGAUGUUUUGAAAAAAUAAAACCCUUGGCUUAAUAAUUAACAAAAUUUUACCAUUGAUCAUGUAUAAAUUAGCUACUUUUUAGAUGUGUUGUAUUACAAAGGACCAGUAUGUGUGUUUGAAUUAUAGGGCUUUCUCCUGUUGUUCAUGAUAGUUUUUUUUUGUGGGUACAAAACUCAUCAGUGUUUCUCUUUUCCAAUAAGAUGUGCUCAUUAAGUUUUAUUGAGUAACUUUUUGUUGCCAAAACAUGAAGAAAAAAAAGAAUCUUGAAUAUUUUUUGCAACACUAUUAUUAUUCAUGCUAUAGUGUCUUGCUGUUUUAUUUAAACUUGCUUCUCGUUUUCUUGUGUACCACCCAGAACAACAAAAUAAACUAGGUUGAAAG